GACUGAAGUCCCGCACACCCCUAUUUCAAACUGUGUUCAAGGCAUCUUACGUCGUGUAUCAAAGCUGAUAGAAGUGGAACGCUCUCCUACUCACCCGAUCUCCGCAAUAGCAAAGCUUGAACAUGGCCUCAAGUUCCAAUGCCACAGCAUCGGGCUCCUCACAGGCGUCACUCGACGCCGCGCUGAACGAGAUCACAUCAUCUCAAGAUGACACCAAGCUCAACAGCUUUUUGAAUGGAUACGCUAAGGAAAUUAGAGAGGUGCUAUUUGCAGGGCUGCUUAGUACGGGCCAGGACCCACUUGCAAUCCUGAAUGUGCAGAACAACACACUCGGAUUUCUCUAUCUCUUGUCAGCACGUCUCACAGUACCGAACGCACCCAUUCCGCCUCUUCCGAUCAUUCAGCAAUUCUGCAAAGAGUUUGAUCCAGAGAAGGCACGCCUGGCUCCUGAACGAAUCACAUUAUUGGCAAAGGGAAUCGUCUCCCUGUACGAGACUCACGCUACGAUCGAUCAAUGUAUACCUCUUCUCUUUGACCUCGUCACUCGUUAUCCACCCACUCUUCACCAUCUGACAACACUACAUACUGUCUUCCUGCGUACCUGCGUCGCCACACGGCAUUUUGCCACGGCUUUACCAGUGAUUGAAGUACCGAUCACGGAAAUCGAACCUUCUAUCUCCGACUUGCAUUACAAUGACAACCUAAUAUACCACUAUGCUGGUGGUAUUGCUCUCGGGGCACUCAAGAAAUGGUCGGAUGCAGAGGAAUUUUUCGAAAUUGUCGUUGGUAGCCCUGCCCAGAUUCCGUCGGCGAUUCAACUGGAGGCUCUGAAAAAACUUGCACUUAUCCAACUGAUACAAUACGGAAAAGUAAAGGAUAUGCCAAAAUAUGUAAGUCCGACGCUCCUGAAUACAUUCAAGCGAUCACCGUACGGCGCAUUUGUGAACUACUAUCCGCUGCAAUUUGCUCAACUGGAGAAGCUCCUCGAGAAGGAGUCCGGUUUCUUCGACUCUGAUAAAAACCUUGGUCUAGUCAGGCAGGCACUCGAACGGGCGCGGCGAUGGGCAGUUAAACGACUGACGGGAAUCUAUAUUACCCUCUCUUUGUCUGAGAUCGGCCGUGCUGUGAAUUUGGUGGUCGACGAAUCCGUACGGUCACUCGUUAUUAACAUGAUCCAAGACGACGAGAUCGCGGGUUCGAUAUCAGCCGACGGAACGGUCACUUUUGAAGUCACUAUCCCGACCAUCAACAAAACUCAGGUGGAUGAACUUCUGGCGUCUGCUCAGCGUCACGGUGCUACACUUGCAGAGCUUGAUAGGAAAAUGGGACGUAGUCGAGAGUUCCUUAGCAAAUCUCUCAAGAAUAAGGAGCAGGGCGAAUGGACUCAUAUGAAUGAUGAGGACAUGUUUGGGGGUAAACAGAGUGAAUCAUGGGCAGAAGAGUCGAUGCUCUAAUGCUAACUCAGAUAAGGAUGUAAGUAUUUACGAGAGUAGUGUCAUAAUUAACAGAUGUGUAGUCAAGCAGCGAGGAUUAUGUAAAUUACCUGCUUCUUCCUGCCAUGGU